AUGAAAAGCAACAUCACUAAACAUGAACGACAAGCUCUGCGGUCAUUGAAAAACAAUAAUGACAUUAUUAUAAAACCAGCAGACAAAGGGUCCGCGGUUGUCAUUAUGGACAAAGAACAGUAUAUAUCUGAAGCCGACCGACAACUCGGCGAUGCCAGGUUUUACAGGCGUUUAGACUCUGAUCCCACCCAGGAAUUUCAGGCAAAAGUAGUUACAAAACUCAAAGAAAUGUUACACUCUGGAGAAAUCAGCGAAAAAAACUUCGACUAUCUCUCAAUCACCAACCCCAGAGCUGGCCGAUUUUAUCUUUUACCAAAAAUACACAAACCCGGCAAUCCUGGACGUCCAAUUGUCUCAGCGAAUAACCAUCCAACUGAACGGAUUUCGGAGUUUGUGGAUUAUCAUCUCAGACCUCACGUAGUAAAACUUCCGUCGUAUGUAAAAGAUACAACGGACUAUCUUACAAAAGCAUCAUCCGACACUCUACCAAGUAACACAUUACUUGUCUCUAUGGACGUUGAAACUUUUUAUACAAACAUUCCCCACGAAGAAGGCAUUGAGGCCUGCACACAUGCUUGGGAAACAAGAGACACAAAAGACCCUUCAACAAAAACAUUAGUGGAUUUACUGACCCUUAUCCUGAAAUGUAAUAACUUUGAGUUCAAUGGGGUGCAUUACCUCCAAAUACAAGGUACAGCAAUUGGAACUAAAAUGGCACCAUCAUAUGCCAACAUUUUCAUGGGACAUCUCGAAGGACAGCUCCUGAAGGCGGUACCAUUGACACCUUAUCGCUGGUUACGUUUCAUAGACGAUAUAGACAUGCAGUGGUCUCAUGGACAAGACAACCUCAAAAUAUUCCUUGAACUUGCCAACAACUUCCAUAAAUCAAUUAAGUUCACCAGCGAAAUAUCUAAUACACAACACGUUUUCUUAGAUACUGUCUCACGAAUUGAGGGCAACAGUCUUAUAACCGACCUUUAUUCAAAACCCACAGAUAGCCACCAGUGUCUUCUACCUUCAAGCUGA